UCAUGCUGCUGCCAGGUCCAGAGUCUCUCAUGGGUCCCUGUACGGCCUCCCAUUGCUGCUGUCUCCAUCGCCACACUCUGCCAUGUGCCACUUUCAGGUCUCCUCACACUGCUGGUGUGUUCAAUUUUUUGUCAUAGGGUGCUGGCAGAUUACGGGCCUCCCAUAGCUGCUGCCAGGCCCCUAAUCUGCCAUGGGCCCCUAUACCGCCUCCUCAUGCUGCUGCCAGGUCCAGAGUCUCUCAUGGGUCCCUGUACGGCCUCCCAUUGCUGCUGUCUCCAUCGCCACACUCUGCCAUGUGCCACUUUCAGGUCUCCUCACACACUGCUGGUGUGUUCAAUUUUUUGAC